UCUCUCUUUCUCUCCCCAUCUCCCUCCUGCUCUCCGCCUGCCUACAGCGCCACGCCGGCUCCCCAGCCUGGUCGGCCGAUCGCCAGCCGCUGAGAGUUUGCCGAGCCGCCCCCUGGGGCCCCGCGCCGCCGAGUCCCGCUAAGGCGAAGACGCAAGCAGGCCGGGGAGAGCGCGGAAGAAAAACAAGCGGGCGCGCCGCGGGAGCCCCAGGAGGGCGGCCGGGUGGCGGCGGGCGGCGGACGGGGCGGGCCGGCGCCGACAGCCUGGGGGAGCGCGCACCGCCGGAAAGUUCGGCCCCGGCGGCGGCGCGCGCCUGCCUCGCGGCGCUCCGGGAGACGAACUUGCCCUCUCCGCGCGGCUCGAGCGGGGAGCGUUUCCCAACGAGAGCGGGCCGAGCGCGCCGCGGCCAGGGGUGGGGAGCGAGGCGGCUGGCGGAGGGCGCCGAGGGAGCGCGGCCACCACGGGCCCCCAUGCCGGCGGCCAACAUGCUGGAGAACCUGCAGCCGCCCGCCCUGCAGGUGCCCGAGCCCCAGGGCGCGCCCGAGGGCAGCCCGCUCUGGUCCAGCUCGUCGACCCCCACGCUCCGCCGCCGGCGCUUCAAGAUGCGCCGCAUGAAGAACGUGCAGGAGCAGAGCCUGGAGGCCGGGCUGACCCGGGACCUGCCCGGCGUCCUGGCCCCGGGCAAGGAGUUUCUGCAGCUGCCGUCCAUCGAGAUCACGCCCUCCAGCGACGAGGACACCCCCUGGUCCAACUGCUCCACACCCAGCGCAUCUCCGCGCCGAAAGCGCUUCCUCCUCCGCAAGUGGCUCAGGGUGAGGGAGCGAAAGGAGUGCAGUGAAAGCAGCAGCCAACAGAGCAGCCAGCAGAGCAGCCACGACGAUGAUUCCAGCAGGUUCCUGAGUCCCAGAGCACGGGAGGAAAGCACUGCCAGUAACUCAAACCGCAGCACGCCGGCCUGCUCCCCCAUCCUCCGCAAACGGUCUCGCUCGCCAACCCCGCAGAGCCCGGACGGAGACACCAUGGUGGAGAAGGGCUCAGAUCACUCCUCGGACAAGUCCCCGUCCACGCCGGAGCAGGGCGUGCAGCGCAGCUGCUCCUCACAGUCUGGCCGGAGUGGCGGCAAAAAUUCCAAGGUACGGGUGGCCUUCGCCAGAUGUUUGCAGGUGAAGACUGUGACUGUAGCUCCCUCAGCAGGGCAACAGUUGGUUAAAAGCCAGAGUUGGUAUAAUGUAUUAAGCCCAACUUACAAGCAGAGAAAUGAAGACUUCCGAAAGCUCUUUAAGCAACUUCCAGACACGGAGCGUCUCAUUGUUGAUUACUCAUGUGCACUCCAAAGAGACAUUCUUCUUCAAGGCCGACUCUACCUCUCUGAAAAUUGGAUCUGCUUCUACAGCAACAUCUUCCGCUGGGAAACUCUGCUGACGGUCCGUUUGAAAGACAUCUGCUCCAUGACUAAAGAGAAAACAGCUCGCCUCAUUCCCAAUGCCAUUCAAGUUUGCACUGACUCUGAAAAGCACUUUUUCACAUCGUUUGGGGCCCGGGACAGGACAUACAUGAUGAUGUUCCGGCUCUGGCAGAAUGCUCUCCUGGAAAAGCCCCUCUGCCCCAAGGAGCUCUGGCACUUCGUUCACCAGUGCUACGGGAAUGAACUGGGCCUUACCAGUGACGAUGAGGACUACGUGCCCCCUGAUGACGACUUCAACACGAUGGGCUACUGUGAGGAGAUCCCCGUGGAAGAGAAUGAAGUGAAUGACAGCUCAUCCAAGAGCAGCAUCGAGACCAAGCCGGACGCCAGCCCGCAGCUCCCCAAGAAGUCCAUCACCAACAGCACGCUGACGUCCACGGGGAGCAGCGAGGCCCCUGUCUCGUUCGAUGGCCUGCCCCUGGAGGAGGAGGUGCUGGAGGGCGAGGGCUCCCUGGAGAAGGAGCUUGCCAUUGACAACAUCAUUGGCGAGAAGAUUGAGAUCAUUGCGCCUGUCACCUCCCCUUCGCUGGACUUCAAUGACAACGAGGACAUCCCCACUGAGCUCAGUGACUCUUCCGACACCCAUGAUGAAGGGGAGGUCCAGGCCUUCUACGAGGACCUGAGCGGCCGGCAGUACGUGAACGAGGUCUUCAACUUCAGUGUGGACAAGCUCUACGACCUGCUGUUCACAGACUCGCCCUUCCAGCGGGACUUCAUGGAGCAGCGGCGCUUCUCCGAUAUCAUCUUCCACCCGUGGAAGAAGGAAGAGAACGGAAACCAGAGCCGAGUGAUCCUGUACACCAUCACCCUCACCAACCCUCUGGCUCCGAAAACUGCCACCGUCAGGGAGACGCAGACCAUGUACAAGGCGAGCCAGGAGAGCGAAUGCUACGUGAUCGACGCCGAGGUCCUCACGCACGACGUGCCCUACCACGACUACUUCUACACCAUCAACCGCUACACGCUCACCCGCGUGGCUCGGAACAAGAGUCGGCUCAGGGUCUCCACAGAGCUGCGCUACCGCAAACAGCCCUGGGGCUUGGUGAAGACGUUCAUCGAGAAGAACUUCUGGAGUGGGCUGGAGGACUACUUCCGCCACCUCGAGAGCGAGCUGACCAAGACGGAGAGCACGUACCUGGCUGAGAUGCACAGGCAGUCUCCCAAAGAGAAGACCAGCAAGGCCCCGGCGGUUCGGAGGAGGAAGCGUCCCCAUGCCCACCUGCGGGUGCCUCACCUGGAAGAGGUGAUGAGCCCCGUCACCACACCCACCGAUGAAGACGUGGGCCACAGGAUCAAACACGUGGCAGGUUCCACGCAGACACGGCAUAUCCCCGAGGACACCCCUAACGGUUUCCACCUGCAGAGUGUGUCCAAGCUGCUGCUGGUUAUCAGCUGUGUGAUCUGUUUCAGUCUGGUGCUGCUGGUCGUCCUUAACAUAAUGCUCUUCUACAAACUCUGGAUGUUGGAAUACACCACCCAGACCCUCACCGCCUGGCAGGGUCUGAGGCUCCAAGAAAGGGGUCUGGGAGCACAGGACAGUCCACUGAGCAUAACUCCAGCUGCCGGGGUACCCCUUCUUCUGCCCCACAGGUUACCCCAGUCUCAGACAGAAUGGGCCCAGCUCUUGGAGUCCCAACAAAAGUACCACGAUACAGAGCUCCAAAAAUGGAGAGAGAUCAUCAAAUCCUCGGUGAUGCUUCUUGACCAGAUGAAGGACUCGCUUAUCAAUCUCCAGAACGGCAUCAGGUCCCGAGACUACACGUCAGAAAGUGAAGAGAAGAGGAACCGCUAUCACUGACAAGGCAGGAGCAGGGGGGGCUGCGAGAGGCCCGUGCAAUACGUGUACAUAGACCGUAUAAAUAGAUAUAUAUAAAUAUAUAUAUAUACAGAAUAUAAAUAUAUAUAUAUUAUAUACAGAUUUUAAAAAGAGAUAAUGCCUAUGUACCAGGGAGAAGGAGCGGGCCCGCCUCCUGUGCUGGUCGGCGGAGGGGCCGAGGAGGGCAGGGACCACCUCUCAGCACCGACCUCCCCUGAUCCUCCCCUACCCCCACCCCUGCCCCCGCCCUUCCCCUCCUGGCCGUUCCAGGCUCUGAGAAGGGAAAUGUUGUUGAGCCAAAGUCAUGCCUGUGAAGACCCUGGGGUCUCGAAGUCUCAAGGGGCUUAAGGUGCUUCAUUCCCGAAUCCCCUUCUUGAUUUGUUUCCAAAAUAAAAGAGAAUUUUUUCUUCCCUACCCCACGCUUCCCCAGGUGUUCUCUUGUGAACAGGAAGCAUCGAGGGCAAGAGCCCAGUCUAAACUCUGCCACCUGAGCCCCGCCCCUCCCCCCACCCCGCUGUCUAUGGACCACGCGACCCCAGCGAGGCGGAGGGCUGGAAAGCUGGGAAGGCUGCCCCUGUGGGACUGGGCCUUGAGCUGCAGGCUCCCGAGGACACGUGUGCAGGAUGGUGUCCUCCUCCCUCACCCCUGCACCUUCCCCUGACCCCUGUAGGGUGUGGACCCAAUAAGGGCUGGGAAUUUCUUACUUUCCCACCCCCUUCCCCCUUCUCUCUGGUCUUCUCCCAGGCUGGAUCUGGGUGAAGUGUCACUUUUUAGUGCCUAAAGCCCUAUUUUUUCUCUGUGCCCUAAGAGCACAUCGUUUAUUAGCCAGGAUGGAGCAUUUUGGAUCUCAUUAAACCCCUUUCCAAGUGGUUAUGAGCCAGCCAGGCCUGUGGCUCUAAUUUCUUCACUUUGAGCUGUCAGUUUGAUUUCCGGGACGAGUCAGGGUGUCCUAGGGGCGUCCAGGGUUGGAGGGAGGGAGUGCGCUAGCACUGUACAAUCAGAUCAUAGGUUCGCAGAGAACGCCAUAGGAAUAGUGAGCACCGAUCUCCAAGCGCUCACUUGGCUGCCAGCAUCCUUUACUUAUAAGGGAAGGUCUGACUUUGAUUAAGGGAGACAACAAAGACACUCCGCGCAGGGUAGGAGACCUAGGCUUUUGGAAGGAACUCAUUGGGCAAAGGUGCGUUGCAUUUGUGCAGGAAGAGGCCAGACUGAGCCUCUGCGCCACGUGGAGGCCAUUCCAAAUCCCGUUCCUCAGACUUGGGAGUGGAAGUUGUGGCAGAGUUGGCAAAGCCUUCUCUAGCCUCUGGCCCCAGAGAGGUACAAGACUACUCAGGAGGAGAAAGAAGACCUUUGGUUAGCAGAGUGAGUCACCCAGGGCCAGUUGGGAGUUGGCUCCCUCGGACACGGGCAUUUAUCUGACCUUGUGGGAGCCUUCUGGGCACGAUUAGCAUUUUUCAUUCAUUUAACUGCUAUUCCUCUGUGUAAUGAUGAGAGGAAUCCUGCCGGCCCCUCGGAUCCUCAGUUGGGAAAGGAUCAUACUAGUUUGGCCGGGAAGACUCAGAUUGCUUGUUCUCCUGGGGGGCCUCUUGACAGAGGAGGCCAAAGGAAAGGAGGAUUUUAUCGCUGAUCUAGCCACAAAGAAAAGCAAGUCGUCUUCUUCUGUUGGAAUGGCCUGAGCAUCCCCCUUUGACAAUCAAAGACAGCUUUUGACUUCUCAGUCUGAGAAUAUCCUGCCUAAGGGCAGGAUCGGAAGACAAAUGCCUCAGGGGAGUAGGCUGAGAAUCAGCUAGAAUGGAUUUCCCUUCUCUAGGAGAGGAGAUUCCAGGGCUGGAAUCAUGCCUGUGCAGGGUGCAUGUGCCAGGUCACGGCGGGGGGGGGGGGGGGGUCACUCCUCAUCCUUGUCCAGGACUUGGAUCAGGAGACACGCAGUGAUGGUCAGGGCUUGUGGGCUCCGAGCCAGAGGAGGAGGAGGAACAGUGCAGACUGCUAGAAAUUUUCCUGCUGCAGGAUCCAGAGGCCAACAUUAUUCUCAGAAACUUUUGAAAGCAAAAGUGAUAAAUUCUCUCCUUUAUUCCAUUCAUAAUUUAAUACUUAUUUAAAUCACCCAGUUGUUGAUGGUCCCAUGGUGGGACCUUUGGGGUGACUUCCAGUGGUUUCUCUGCUGGGAGUAAAGUGAUCUAAGGGGGCUUGGCCGCACAGAGCUGUUUGUUUUUGCUUUACCUCUUCGGCCAUCCCAGGGAGGAGGAGGUGACAGGAAGGGAGAUGCUUAGUAUAUCCAAGGAACCCUGGGGGUUUGAACCCAGGACACACUGUGUACACAUGGGGAAGGUCCCUCGGCCUACCUCAUUCCUAAGAAUCAUGGAUCUCUUGUGAGCACUCUGUUCUAAUACUGUUUUUAACUUUCAAAGCAGAAGACCCAACACCUUUAUUCACUCCCGAACAAAACCUUCCCCCCACAUUCAGUAACCUGUCCAAGGAAGCUCACCUUUGCAGAUUAAGUCUGGGAGUGAAACUGAUCAGUAACAUUGCUGCUCGAGCCCAGCAGCUUGGCUCAUAGCUGUUCCCAGGAGCAUGAGAACCACAUCCUUUAUGGAAUCUCUUCCAGCCUGUGCUUUGUUUUUGUUCACGUAAGGACCCUGGUCACAUGGGAAUCUUUCCUCGAGGAUUCCUGGGGUCACAUUUGAGAGCUUGCAUUCAAAAGAUGCUGCAGCAUCUCUGACCAGGUGGCAGUGAGCUACAGGGUCUGUACUUCCACUCCGGCUCCCUUGAAGGAAUUAUGGCCUUGGAGAACCCAGUCACAUCUGCAACGCCUCGCUUCCCCCCUUCACCUCCCUGGGACAAGGGCAGCAGGAUCAGCAGCUUUAGAAGCUCUCUGUUAGAGCACUGGGAUAAUUUAGGAGAUCUGGGCCCAAAUCCUGGCUCUUCUCUUGGACAAGUCACUUCCCUUACCUGAGUUGCUGUGUCCUCCUUUGUAAUGGGAAGGGGGCUGAGCUGGACCCUCUCUAAGAUAGGUUCUAAUGUGGGCGUUGUCUUGGAGGCUGUGUUGGAGACUGGCAAGGUAGGGCUUUCUCAAACUUGGAGAGAACAAGCCUUCUGGGCUAGAGCUUCCUGGUGUGUAGAUGAGUAGUGGGGCAGUGUCAGGGUUCCUGGGAAAUCCAGGAUAGUUAAACUUUCUUCUUUAUGAGCCAGCAGGACUAAGGAGGCCUAGUGAGGUAGGGAGACGGAAAUCAGGUGUGCUGUAUUUCCCAGUAUGAACCUAGGAGGGUGUGUCUUCCUUUGUCGGCCUACUCUUAGCUUGGGAAGGGACUUUCUCUAAACUAGGAGGAGGAGGAUAAUGGCAAGAAGGGCACCAUCUUGGAUUAAUAUAAGCUCAUCUUUUGUCUCUAGGCUGUGAAGCCUUUCAUCUGUCCAUCCUUCCUCCUCCUCACUAGAAGAAACACUGGAGAGAAGUCAUUCCUGGUCCUAGUACUUCUCUUUUGACUCAGUUCAAACCUUGUUGGGGUUUUGAUUAAUUGUGAAGCUUUGGCUAAAAUCCUGAGGUUGUCAUAGAGCACUGACCCUAAGAGCCUGGGAUUACAGGAACGGGGAGAGGGAUCAAGAAACCUCAAGAAGAAUGCUUUGCUAGAAAUGGCUUCUCUCCCUGUCCCUGUCCUGACGCAAGCGUGGACCAUGUCUAAAAUCAUUUCUGGGCAGCAUCUCUAGGGUGAAGUCUUGGAGAAAGGACCAGGGAGAAGAAUCUUUCUGGACUGUGGGCUCAGAAGGCUGUUCUCUGUGCCAUACUAUGCUGCUGCUUUAGCUCUGCAGGACAGCCAGAGCGAGCCCCUUCCUCCCUAGGGCCCCCAGGUGGCAGGGCUGUGAUCUCCCUCCCCACACCCCCUGGACCUCACCUGCCCACUCCAGUAGGAAACUUGAGAACCUGUCUUCCUGACUCUCUCCUCCCCCGCCCUUGUCUCUAGGCUGUGGGACAAUCCUCCCACCCACCACUUGACAUCCUUGACCCUCAUCCCCCCAUCUCCAGCAGGCUGGCCCCCCUCCCUCCACCUCUAUGUUUUCUUCCAGAAGAUGCGUUUUUGGGUCCGAGUGGAGCGUUUUUCUGGAAGGCCGUCUCUUAACACCCCCUGCUUCCCGGAUAUGGAGCAGGGAUUUGCACAAGGUGUAGAGAGCACCCCUUCCCACCUCUCUGCCCGGCCUUGUUACCUCACUCCUGCUCCAGCCAUGGCUGUGACGGGCCCAGCCAGCUCCCUGGCUCGGUGUUGGGUGCGACAGCUCAGGGGUCUUGGGCUUUGUAUUCUGUUGUGACUUGAGGUCCUCAGCAGGCCUGGGAGCCUGGACUGGAACCUUGGCCACUGGCGGGAAGCACCUUGCCUGCCAAGAGGAGCCGAUGCCAGACGAUGUACCCAGCAUGUGAAAGCGUAAAGAAUACUGUCAUCUGUGCCCCGUGGCCUCCUGGCUUCUCACAACACAGUGAGACGCUGCAGAAACAAGAUGGCGGCCUCUGCUCCAGGCGAGACAGCUGGCUCUGUCUGGAGAGUUGGCCCUGAGCUUGGGUGCCACGUGCUGAGAUUGCAUAAUGAAAGCAACCAUUUUUGCCAACAGUAGUGUGGCUCCCCACAUUUCCCUGUCCUGCACUCUAGGGCCAGACCACUCUCUGCAUGGACCAGGUCACCUUCCCAAACCCAUGGUGCUUUUCCCCCGACCCCCACUCAACCUAGACUCCAAGGUGGGGAGAGAUGAUUCAGAGGCCCCAGUGGUCCCGGGAUAAUCCUGACAAUGGGUGGAGUGGGUGAGGCAGAGGGAGCAGCCCCCAGCACCUGCAUGGGGCCAUACAUGGGAAAGAACACCGGUCGACUGCAGUUGAGUUGUCUGGCCAUCUGUAUUUGGAUCUAGAACUGUACUUUGCCUGGCGCUGUGCGCAAGGUCUGAAAACUUACCUGCUAUUACCUAGAACCAUACACGGCUUCCCAGCCAGAUCUUCAUGUAAAGUAGCUAGAGCCAUGGAAGUACAGUAUGAAUUAAAAGAAAAAAGUCUUGAACUA